AUGAGUGGCAUCGAUUAUGAUGUUGAUCUUGGGUUCCUGUAUUGGGACCAAGAAGAAAAUCAAUUUCAGUUACCCCUUGCGGCUACUCUUACUCUAGAUCAAGCUGCCCUCCUGGGAGACAUUCAUAAUUUCCCACCAAAAGCUCACACGCCUUCAUCCCCAGGCGUCCUCAUUAAUGAUGCCUGGAGUGCGAUUGAAUCGCCGAUAUCCGAGGCCUCCACCCGCGAUGUUAAUACGGCGCUCGGAACUCCUCUUCUCCUACCAAAUGACGUUUCCGACUUUUCGUACACGGCAGACAUUCCCUAUCCCCAUAUCGACGGCAAUGAUCAGUCCCUCGAAACCCUGCACCAAAGCAACACUCCUUGGACAGAUGCCGAGACUAACAGCGUGACAUCUUCCACGCCCGGGAGACCUUCACCGCCUCAAUCUCCAACCAGCAACAGCCUUGAUGGUGACAACAGCAGCAGCAAAACUCGGCCUGAUGUCAAGCUUCGUUCGGCGUCCCGCAAGCCCAAGACCCCGACGCGCAGGAAGCCACCUGUCCCAGACAAACUUUUGCACGAACGAGAGUGCCACAACAGGGUCGAGAAGCAGUAUCGAACACGGCUCAAGCUACAUUUUGAGAACCUGCUUGCUGUGCUACAAGCGUCGCGUGCCAAGGAUGCCGGCCCCGACGAGGAUGGUUCGGCUAUCCCGGACCAUUGCUUCAGCAGAGGCGAGGUACUGGAUGCCGCAAGGCAGCGUAUCUUGGCUUUGGAGAAGGAAAACAAGCAGCUUGCGAUGGGGAACGACCAGCUACUGAAGAACAUGGCAGCGAUGCAGCAAAGCUUGCGUACGGACAGAGCAAAGUGA